CUGAAAUCCUUGCUCACAUAUUCAAAAGAAUAAUAUCGCAACAUAUUGGAAAAUUAGGCUACAUAAUGUCUGUUCACAACACACCAGCAGGUGAUGGUUUUUACGAGAAUGACUAUAAAAGCCGCCCCGGACAGAGCGAAAUACCUGUUGAUGCAGACGAUAAAGCCGAGCAGGCUACAGGGAUUCACGAGGGUGACAUUGAUCCCCAAGCUGAUAGUGACGAGCAAUUAGAUGCCGAUGACAAGAGUGCUAUCGACGAAACUAACAUUAUCGGGAGUCGCACUCGGGGUGCUACAAAGCAAGCAGGAACAUAUCGAGAGCCAGGCGAUGAGGAGGGACUUCCUAGUGACACAGGGGUAUCUGCCACCCGUUAAGAAUUCCGUCACGUUGAAAAGCCGUCACUUAAUUCAAAGCAGUUUUAUCUCAGAACAUUCUUUUGGCUAAUCAACAAACUUGGCGAAUCAGAAGAUAGAUUGAAUCUUGCAUUUGUC